AUGAGCAAACCCGACCUCGUCUACGCCGACGAGCGGCGCUUCCUCGACGAGCGCGGAUCCUCCGCCUCCCUGGCCCCGAACGGCGAGAACCCGGCCACAAUCAUGGAAAAGGCCGUCCGCGAGCGCAUCAUUGACUCGUACUUUUACAAAGAGCAGUGCUUCGCCGUUAACGAGGCCGACAUUGUCGACCGCGUCGUCGAGCACGUUACCUUCAUCGGCGGCACCUCGGGCGUCACGCAGAAGCCCACACCCUUUUUAUGUCUCGCGUUCAAGCUGUUGCAGCUUGCGCCGUCGGACGAUGUGCUGGAGACGUACUUGGGCUUCGGCGGGGAGAAGUUCAAGUACUUGCGCGCGCUGGCAUGCCUCUACGUCCGCAUGACGAGGAAGGCCAAGGACGUUUUCCUGUUAUUGGAGCCAUUUCUGGAGGAUAGGAGGAAGCUAAGGAGGAAGGGGCGGCAGGGAACGAGCUUGACGUAUAUGGAUGAUUUCGUCGACGACUUGUUGACCAAGACGAGAGUUUGCGCGACGAGUUUUAGGGAGUUGCCUAAGAGAGUUGACUUGGUGGAUCUGGGUGAGCUUGAGGAGAGGAUCAGUCCUCUGGGCGAUAUCGACGAGCUCCUGGAUGAAGAGGAGGAGGACGAGGAGAAUGCAGGAGCGAAUGGUGCGGACGAGUCAGAAGGCGAAAUAGGGGAAGACAGAAGUGGUGACGGGGAGCCGAUGGACGUGGAAAGAUCGAGGUCAAGGUCGAGGUCGAGAAGCCGAGACCGGUCUCCUUAA